AUGUCCAAACUCAUCGUCAUAAUCGGCAUAACGGGCAACCAAGGCUCCUCCGUCGCUCACACCUUCCUCUCAACACCCACCUGGCGCAUCCGCGGCCUAACCCGCAACCCUUCCUCCCCAACCUCCCAACACCUCUCCUCCCUCGGCAUCGAAAUGGUGCAAGCAGACCUGCACGACCCCUCCUCCCUCACCACCGCUUUCCAGGGUGCAAACCUAAUCUUCAGCGUCACAGACUUCUGGACCCCGUUUUUCACGCCUUCAAACGCUGCUCGCGCCGCGGAGCUCGGGGUGCCUAUUGGAAAAUAUGCGUAUGAGCUUGAAGCUGAACAGGGCAGGAAUAUUGUGGAUGCGGUGGCGAAGGUUGUCGCGGGGUUGGAUGCGGUGGGAUUUGUGGCGAGUACGUUGUGUAACGCCCGCGAGAGCAGCGGGGGUAAGUAUAGUGAGUUGUGGCAUUUUGAUAGCAAGGCAGAUGUUUUUCCAGCGUAUGUAAAGGAAAAGUAUCCGGAGUUGGCGGAGAAGACGAGUUAUCUGCAUACGGGGUAUUUUUAUACGAGUUGGAGGUAUAUGCCUAAUCGGUGGUUUGCAAAGUUGCCGGAUGGCUCGGUUCAGAUGCAGUCUCCGACUUCCCCAGACGUGCUGAUUCCACAUCUUAACCCACGGACAGAUGUUGGCCCUUUUGUACAAGCCAUGUUGAAGCUGCCUCCAGGGUCGACGGUCAUGGCUGCGAGCGAGUGGUGCACAUGGCCGGAUUGGAUCAAGACUUGGGGCGAAGUAACUGGGGUCGAGAAUAGUUACAAGCAAGUUAGCGUCGAGGAUUUCGACAAGGAAAUUCCAGGAGGUGCAGGUAAGGAGAUUGGAGAGAUGUUUGAAUUUUCGAGUACUUGGGGGUACAAUGCGAAUCAAAAGGAUACGUUGAUGACGUGGGAUCUGGAAAAGGUGAGAAUGGAACGCUUUGUUGCGUGGUUUGGAGUUGUCGGCUAA